UCUAUAAAUACGUGGCCCUGACCACCUCCAUUUUCUCUUCAUUUUCCUUCCUCUUUUCUUUCCUUUUCCUAAUUAAUUUCAUUCUUAAUUCUCCAUUACAUCUCAGCCAAUAAUUCUUAGGGUCUCCUCAUUUCUGGUUAUUUUUGGCCUUCCAAUUGGAUAAUCGACGUUGGGUUCUCCCGGAUUAAUUCAGGGUUUUGGAUAUUCACAUUUUUGUCAACCAGGUUUUCUUGUCAUUUUAAUUAGGUAGGAAGCACAGAGGCUUAUAACUAAUAUCAAUAUUCUAAGCCAAACAUGUUGUGUUCUUUAAGCUGCAACGUGGCUCCGAAUAUGAGGAGGCCGGCGCUUGAUGGGCAGCAAACUCAGGAGCUGUGACAAGACAACGCUAAAGAGGUGGUUUUUCAUUGACAAAAAUAAAAAGAUUAGGGCCUUCAAUCUCCACUAGUGAUCUAAUGACUCCGAGAAAGAAGCCAGGGAGGCUUGAUGACGUUCGUUCUAACGGUUGGCUUGAUGCAAUGAAGUCUUCUUCACCUCCUAGUAAGAAGGUUCAAAGGGAAGCAGACGCCGAGGAUUUUAUUGAUGAUGCUAAAGUUAUUUACUCUUCUUGGAUGUUCAAGUAUCCAUCGGCUCUUAACUCCUUUCAGCAGAUCGUUAGCCAUGCAAAGAAUAAAAAGAUUGUUAUCUUUUUAGACUAUGAUGGGACUCUUUCUCCAAUUGUAGAUGAUCCUGACCGUGCUUUUAUCUCCGCUGAUAUGCGUUCUGCUGUCAGGGAUGUUGCAAAGCAUUUCCCAACAGCCAUCAUCAGUGGAAGAAGCCGUGAUAAGGUUUAUCAGUUGGUAGGACUAACUGAACUCUAUUAUGCUGGUAGUCAUGGUAUGGACAUCAUGCUUCCGAUUAGAAAUGAAGUGUGCACUAAUGGUUCACUUAUUAAAUCUACUUCCCAGCAGGGCAAGGAAGUUAAUCUGUUGCAGCCUGCUCGUGAAUUCUUACCUAUGAUUGACGAGGUUUUUAGAACCCUUGUCGAUAAAACUAAAGAAGUAAAAGGUGCAAAAGUUGAGAACCACAAGUUUUGUGCCUCUGUACAUUACCGUAACGUAGAUGAGAAUAGUUGGUCCGUCGUUGCCCAAUGUGUCCAUGAUGUCUUGAAAGAGUACCCUCGACUACGACCAACUCAUGGGCGGAAGGUUUUAGAGGUCCGUCCUGUAAUAGACUGGGACAAAGGAAAAGCAGUUGAGUUUUUGCUUGAAUCACUAGGUUUUCGAAAUAGCCAUGAUGUGCUUCCUAUUUAUAUUGGAGAUGACAGAACAGAUGAAGAUGCAUUCAAGGUUUUGAGGGGGAGAUAUCAAGGUUACGGAAUUCUUGUUUCGACUAGCCCAAAAGAGAGUAAUGCUAUCUUCUCUCUCAGGGAUACUUCAGAGGUUAAAGAAUUCUUGGAAUCUCUUGCAAAAACGAUGGAAAACCAAGAAAUAUAAAAUGAGGAGGGGCAGGGGAGCAGGAGGGAUAGUAUAGAUAAGAAACAUUACAUUAUGUUUCUACAAUUUUAUAAAUAAGUUGAAGCAAUCUCUUUAUCAUGCUACCAAUAUUUCUCUUGCAAGUGCAAGAAUUUUGUUUUCAUUUUUUGUAAUUCCUUUUCUCGGAUUUUCAUAUAUUACCUUUGGGUAGAAGAGGGUACUGCAAAGUCAAGCUAGUCCCCCAUUAGCGGUGUUAACAACUGCUUUACCAGCCUUAUUACUACAAGCAUUAGGAGUGUUGUUAGCAUUGCCAUCAGACGGAUUAUUCCUCUGGCCAGAAGAGUUAGCCAUUUCACGCAGCCGCUUCCUACACUCCCUCUUAAUGUGACCCCUUAUACCUUGAAAUUUUAAAAGAAGGCCCUUCUUCCCCGAGUUAUUGUGAUGGGCAGUGCACUUGGGAUCAAAUGUUUCAGAUGUUCUGUCAUUUCCCAUUAUUGAAUACACACACACAAAAACAAUUUGUUA